AUGGCCAACCCUAUUGCUGUCCAGUCAGCAACAGCUACGGAUGGCGAACAUGCUGAAGGACGAUCACUCGCCAUCCCAGAAGCUGAAGAUGAUCUCCAUAUCCGCCAAAAAUAUCGCCCAUUUAUCCUUGACGAUGCCCAAGACGAUUGGAUUAACGCCUUGGAGUUGGCCAAAGUCCUCAACUUAGCAGAGAAUGAUCUACAAGCAACCAAGACAAGACUCAAAGUCCUCGUGCUAUAUGGAAGUUUACGACGAAGGUCAUAUUCAAAGCUUGUGGCAUAUGAAGCUAGUCGGAUUCUGUUCCGGUUGGGUUGUGAUGUGCGCGUGUUUGAUCCGGAGGGAUUGCCGGUGAAGAAUGAUGUCGAUCAUGGCCAUGCAAAAGUGCAGGAGCUUCGUGCGCUGAGUGCGUGGAGUGAUGGGCAACUUUGGGUUUCGCCAGAACAACAUGGCAAUCUGACCGCCGUGUUUAAGAAUCAGAUAGACUGGAUACCCCUAAGCACUGGGAGUGUUCGUCCAACACAAGGCCGAACCCUCGCCAUUGCUCAGGUGUGUGGUGGCUCCCAGUCCUUCAAUGCAGUAAACUCCCUACGCAUCCUCGGCCGGUGGAUGCGAAUGUUUACGAUUCCAAAUCAAUCUUCGAUACCUAUGGCCUACACCCACUUCCCAGAUGAAGGACAACCGGAAGAUCAGAGGCUUAAAUACAGUAGCAACCGUGAUCGAUUGGUGGAUUGCAUGGAGGAGUUUGUCAAGUAUACAAUUCUGAUGAGGCCUCAUAUAGAUAUUUUUGGAGAUAGGUAUAGUGAACGGGAGGAGAAGAGGGUGAAGCAGGCGAAGAGCAAGGCAUGA